GAAUUUUAAUAGCAGGCUGAAUCAUGCCGGCAUUCCUCCAAGCUUCACUAUUUAUAGUACCCAUAAGUGAUCAAAAUUCAAAAGCCAUACCAGCUCUAUUUUCCAGCACCAACAAUGUCGGAAGCGGUGAACAAAUCCGAUUCCUCCUCCGGUUCAAUUCUAGGAGUCAUAAAAAUAAUACUACUUGUAUUACUUGUGGGAUUCUCUGCAUGGGCUUAUCAGACAGCUCUCCCAACACCUCCCAAGAAGUUGGGAUCUCCAGAGGGCCUUCCGAUUACAUCCCCGCGAAUACAGCUUCGUGAUGGAAGACAUUUGUCUUAUGUAGAAUACGGUGUCCCUAAAGAUGUAGCCAAAUCUAAAAUAAUAUAUGUCCAUUGCUUCGGUUGUAGCAAGUACCAUAACCCUUUUGCAUUCACGGCCUCACGGGCCGUAGUUGAAGAACUAGGGGUAUACAUCGUUGCGAUAGAUAGGCCUGGUUAUGGAGAGAGUGAUCCGGAUCCAAAGCGCACUGUGAAGAGCUUUGCAUUGGAUAUUGAGGAGUUUGCGGAUCAUUUGAACCUAGGACCGAAAUUUUAUGUGGCUGGGUUCUCUAUGGGUGGCCAGAUUAUGUGGUCUUGUCUCAAGUAUAUCCCUCAUAGACUAGCAGGAGCGAUUCUUAUUUCUCCUGCUGUCAAUUACUGGUGGCACAACCUACCUUCAAGCUUAACAAACGAAGCAUAUUCUAAGCAACUUCAACAAGAUCAAUGGUCUUUGCGUGUCGCACACUAUCUACCAUGGUUGACCAAUUGGUGGAACACUCAGACAUGGUUUCCUGGUUUUUCGAUCAUAACUGGAACACCUGUCGUUUAUUCUUCCACGGACGUGGAAACUCUAUCAAAGUUAUAUGCUACAAUGGAUCCUAAUCUGGGAAAGUUGAUGGCAUUACAACCAAGACAGCAAGGAGAAUUGGUGUCUAUCCAUCAUGACUUGAAUGUUGGAUUCGGGAAGUGGGAAUUUGAUCCAGUGGAUCUAGAAAACCCAUUUAUAGACAAUAAUGGAUCUGUUCAUCUAUGGACGGGUGAUGAAGACCUCAUGGUGCCUGUGACACUGCAACGUUAUAUAGCUCGACAACUUGGAUGGAUCAAGUAUCAUGAGGUCGCGGGUGAAGGACACAUGUUUGCGUUUAAAGAUGGGAUGGGUGAUGCUAUUCUCAAAGAGUUUCUUAACAAUAAGAACUAGCUUUAUAAUGGUGCGUUGUGGACAAACUAGAAUAAGUUGUUUCGUCUAGUAUAGUUGUAUGAGCGUUGUAUCUAUAGCUUAAUAAUAAUGACAGUUUUCAUCUUACUAUAUUUCGUUCUAUGUGCUUAA